AUGUCGUCGUCGAGAAGGAGAGCUUACCCAAAACCGCAGUACAACGCCGCGCCUGCACCGGCCGCCUACGGCCAGGCCCCGGCCAUGGACCAAUUGGGCCAGAACUUCCAAAACAUGAACCUCCAAAACGGAGCUCCCUUGCAGCAGCAAGGCCAGCCCCAGAUGGGCCAGAUGGGCCAGCCAAUGGGAUACGACUAUUCCCAGCAACAAGGUUAUGCGGCAGCACCCUAUGGUGGCCAGGGACAGAUGGCCCCUGGAUAUGAUGCAACAGGAACAAACGUGGGCGGAGCUGGCGCUGUUGCGCAGCCAAACAUGGGAGGAUACGGCUAUGGCGCCGGUGCCGGUGUAGGAAAUGUAGGUGUAGGCGGCGCCGGCGUAGGGGGUGUAGGUGUAGGUGUAGGUGGAGUAGCUGCCACACCUGCGUUGCCCUUGAACAGAAUAUACACCACAGACUUGCUGAAGAACCUUCCUCCGCCAAUUUCCGACUUGGCGUUGCCUCCGCCGCCCAUCAUCUUGCCUGCGGGCGACUGUGUGGUCGAGAGCACCGACCGCACCAACGCGGCGCCGGGCUACUUGCGCUCGACGUUGAAUGUGGUGCCCUCCAACCACUCGCUCUUGAAGAAGUCCAAGUUGCCGUUUGCGUUGUGCAUCCGCCCGUACGCCGCGUUGCGCGACGAGGACGAGCCCGUGGCCGUGGCCCUGGAUACGGUCAUCGCCAGAUGCCGCCGGUGCCGCGGGUACAUCAACCCCUACGUCAAGUUUCUGGACCUGAAGAAAUGGAGAUGUAACUUCUGUAACUUGUUGAACGACGUGCCCAGCGUGUACGACUACGACGACUCGACCCAGCAGCUGAUCGACAGAUACAGCAGAAUCGAGUUGAACAACGCCGUGGUCGAGGUCGUGGCGCCCAAAGAGUACAUGGCCCGCGUGCCUCCGCCGCUCGUGUACUGCUUCUUCAUCGACGUUUCGGCGGAAGCUGUGGCUUCCGGAAUGACCGCCACCGUGGCCAACACCAUUCUCACCAACUUGGACUCCAUCCCCAACAAGAACGAAACCACCAAGGUGUGCAUUGUCGGUGUCGACUCCGCAUUGCACUUCUUCAAGUUCAGAGAGGGCUUGAGCGAGGCUCCCGAGCAUCUCAUCGUGUCUGACCUCGAAAUGCCUUACGCUCCCGCACCUUCGGGCUUGUCCGUCAACUUGGCCGAGAACAGAAAGGCUAUCGAGCAGUUGUUGUUCUCCUUCGCGGGAUACUUCGAGAACACCGCAAACCCACAUUUCGCGCUCGGUCCAGCCUUGAAGUUCGGCUACUUGAUGCUCGAAAGCCAGGGCGGUAAAAUGAUGGUCUUCUCUGCCACCUUGCCAAGCAUUGGCGAGGGUAAGUUGAGCAUCAGAGACGACGCCAACAUCACCACCAAAUCGAAGGAAUUGCUGGCUCUUAUGAAGGCUGGCGACAAGUUUUACAAGGCCUUUGCGGUGCAAUGUAGCACCUCUCAGAUCGCCGUGGACUUGUUCCUCACCGGCUCCAAGUACCAGGAUGUAGCCUCCUUGUCGAAUUUGCUGAGAUACACUGCUGGCCAGACACAUUUCUACCCAUCAUGGAAGAGCCACCAACCAGAGGAUGUUAAAAAGUUGAGCAAGGAAAUCAGCAAACAAUUAUCCAUGGAAUCCGCAAUGGAAGCCGUUAUGAGAGUCAGAUGCUCGACUGGUUUCAGAACAUCCCAAUUCUACGGUAACUUUUUCAACAGAUCCUCUGACUUGUGCUCUUUCCCAACGUUCCCCAGAGACCAAGGUUAUGUCAUCGAAAUCAGUAUCGAGGAGAAUAUCCCCAAGCCGGUUGUGUACUUCCAGGCCGCCGUUCUUCACACGACUUGCUUCGGCCAAAGAAGAAUCAGAAUCAUCACUUUGGCGCUCCCCACCUCUUCGAAAUUGGAGGACAUCUACGCCUCUGCUGACCAGCUAGCAAUCACCAACUACCUUACUCAUAUGGCCAUUGCCAAAGCGUUGGACGGAUCCUUGCCAACUGCCAGAGAUUUCUUGACCAAGUCUGUUGUGGACUAUCUUUCCGUGUACCGUAAAGAGUUGAUUUCUGGCCACUCGCCAGGUCUUUCCCCACUACAGAUCUCCACCAACUUGAGAAUGCUCCCCUUGUUGCUCUUCGCGUUGACGAAGCACACUGCGUUCAGGGAGGAGAAGGUUCCCGCCGAUCACCGUGCAAUUGCAUUGAACAACUUGGGAUCUUGGCCUCUUGAUCAAUUGAUCCAGAGUCUCUACCCUAGCGUUUACUCGUUGCACGACAUGACCGCCGAGUGUGGUUUUGCCGAGAAGUUGGUCCAGAUCAACCCUGAGACCGGAGAAGAGGAGGUUGUUGACGGCGAGUUGUUGUUGCCCGAGCCAAUCAACGACUCCAGAACCAGAAUGGAAAAGUGGGGAUUGUAUCUCAUUGACACCGGGUCUGAAUUGUUCUUGUGGGUGGCCGGAGAGGUUGUGCCUGACUUGGUGAUGGAUCUCUUCGGUGUGCAGCAUCCAUUGGAGAUCCCUAUUGGCAAGCAAGAAUUGCCGGUGUUCGAGCCCGUGGAAGACUUCGAAUUCAACCACAGAGUCAGAAACAUCAUCAACCAUCUCAGCGAGUCCAAGAGCUCGAUCGCCUACAAAACUUUGUACGUUGUUGUGGGACCAUCAGCCGCCGAGCCUAUCACAAUGACCCAGUCCAGAGACUUGAUGAGCUUGAGAACCUGGGCACUCAGCUUCAUGGUUGAGGACCAGAGUCCAUCUACGAGCGAUUAUAGAGAGUUCUUGACCAGCUUGAACUCCAGGGUCACUGCAUAA